AUGACAUUUGACCCCCUGGCCAAUCGACUAGUGUUUGAAAUGGUUUUCAAACCGCAUUUCAAUACAGCAGAUCCGUUGCCGGACGAUACGCUGGUAGGUAGUUUGCGGAGAAGACUGGAAGGAAUUCUAGAUGUCUUAGAUGGGAUCCUCGGAAGACAGGAGUUUAUGGCCGGGAAGCGGCUAACGCUCGUGGAUCUGUUCUACAUACCGUACAUGCACCAUUUGGAACGGUCCGUUUGGCCUGGGGUUCUUGAAUGGGUCCAGUUCGACCAACUUCUCUACUGCAAAGAAGAAGCCGAGCACCUCCUAGCUUACAAUAAGGUGGAAGCAUCGGUCCAAGAUCUUAUUUAA